GCCCUGAGAGAGUACAAUCAUGAUCUUUCUCUUGUUAUAUUUACUGGUUGCUCCUCUCGCUCACUCUGAAGUUAGAGUGAGAGUUGAUCCAGUGCUUGGAGACGAUGAGUCUUGUUUGUCUGUUCCUGAUAUUAUUCGUAGAGGAGGAGGUGAAGCAACUGAUGAUGGCGUCCCUUGCGAGACCAUUAAUUACGCCCUCACUGGGAAUUAUACUAACGAGUAUUAUAGUACAGAUAAUUGCUCAGAAGCCCCAAUCCUGUUCAGUGAUAUUGUAAUAUCACUGAGUUCUGAUGUACAUUCAUUGACAGAACAGUUGAGACUAGUAACGUACGGUGAUGUCACUUUUGAAGGAGACGGAUCAGCUAGCAUAGAGUGUGUCAGCUUUCCUAAUUAUCAGUUUAGGAAUUUCGAUAAUAUAUUUGCUUGUGGGGUUUCCGGGUUAACUUUUAAUGGCGUUGUGUUUGAGAGGUGUGGCCCUGUACCGUCUAACGUUUUCAUUUAUAACUCAACUAAUAUCCUGUUUCAAAACUGCAUAUUUAGGGGUAACACAGGCUCCUCACUCCAGCUCCGGUUUGUUGAUAGCCUAACGCUAAUCAACACUUCGUUUAUUGGGAACAUGAAUAAUGCCACCCCCAUAUCCAACAACAAUGAAACCAGCAUAGACGACUUGUAUAACAUCAUUCAGACGAGUGGUGGUCUUACUUAUAUUGCUGGAGCUCACAGAAUCAGUGUCAUUAUCAGUAACUGUAGUUUCAUUAGCAACAGAGCCAGUUCUAAUCUCCCUAACGACACGAGGCCUGUACUAUUGAAACAGAAUGGCCAUGGAGGCGGAAUGCUGAUAAGACUAUCCGGGACUACAGGUGGAUCUUUUGUCAUUGAGAACAGCUUCUUUAUUAAUAAUAGCGCUCAAGUUGAUGGAGGUGCUGUGUAUGUAUCUUAUUCAGAUAAAACUGAGAAUACGAGCAUUAACAUACUUAAUAGUAGUUUUAUUGGUAAUUCUAUAAUUGAAGCAGCUGGAGGCGCAAUCAGUUUAAACUCUUUUAAUUUCACAUUCGGUAACAAGAUUAGGAUCAGCCAUUGUAUAUUUGAAAGGAACCAUGGGAGUGCAGGGGGAGGGGUCAGUAUGGCACUUUAUGAUAGUAAUCUCAACACUAUAGAGAGGCCUGAUUCCAUUCAUUUCACUGAUAGUGUUUUUAAUAAUAACUCGGCCUAUAAUGAAGGGACUGCUGUCGGUUUGUUUUCGUUGGUCCAUGUUGAUCAAGUUGGUUUUCUUGUUCAUUUUAAUAAUUGUCGUUUUGAAAACAACACCUCUAUUGUGAAUGGCUCAGGCAGUACUGGUGACACAAGUGCCGUGGCUGCCUUUAGAUUCCCGACCUUAUUUGAUGGUACUAACGUCUUCUUCAAUAACACUGGAGGAGGGAUAAUGCUACUCAAUACCAGAAUGCAGGCUCAUGGUGAUAUGAGGUUUGAAUAUAACAAUGCCAUAUUUGGUGGAGGUAUCAUGAUGGAUGACAGAUGCUUAUUGGAAGUUACUCCAAAUUUAAACAUGACCUUUCUUAACAAUUAUGCCAGUGAAUCAGGCGGCGCCAUUUACGUCGAGUUUCCUCCAAUUCGGUUCGUGAUUGAUAUUUUCAAUCGGUUGUGUUUCUUACAGUAUAAUGACGGUGGAUCUGAUGUACCUCCUCAAGAAUGGGAGAAUGUCAACAUCAAGUUUAUCAAUAACACAGCUAGAAUCAGUGGUGCUGCCAUAUAUGCUAGUGACAUGCAGAGGUGUACUUGGCUGGGAAAUGUAUCCAGUGACAAUUCAACAAUAUUUAAACUCCCAAAAGGAAUCAAAUCUCCUUUCUACUAUGACAAUAACAUGUUAGAAUUAAGAUCUGGUAAUAUUGUGCAAGACGAAGAAUUAGCCACAGCACCUCUGAGGCUUCAUUCAAGUAUCAACUUUAAUACGGUCCAGCCUGGCGAGUAUUUAUCAAUCACACUGUUUGCGACUGAUCAGCUAAAUAACUCAAGGGAAGCCGUUUGGUCACUAAAUUCACCUGAUCAAGAUACUCAAUUGGAUGCUUUAUCUGCUAACAACGAUACAUUCAUCUACACAGUACCAGCUUUAAUCUAUCUCCAAGACAACUUGCUAAACCUUAACUUUUCAUUACUAAAGACACUGGGCAUGAAUGACUCAAUAAGUGUUCGUGUAAGUGACUGUCACCCAGGAUAUGUCCAUGCCAAUAGGAGCAGAAACACAUCGCUGUGCACCUGUGACAAUAGCAAUAGCGAUAUCAUAAGAUGUGAUGAGCAAAACAGAUAUGUGUAUCUUAGAAGUGGAAUAUGGGGUAGAGGUCGUAAUGGUAGACUGUUAACGACUCGUGUGUUACCCGGAUAUAUUUACUGUGAUGCCCAGGGGAGAUUGCCAGGCUGUAGAUUUCAAUUUGAUAAUGAAACGGGACAAUGUCAAGAAGGAAGAAUAGGUGAUUUAUGCGGUCAGUGCAAAGAAGGGAGAGGUGUUAGUCUUGAUCUUCAAAUUUGCUCUGAAGUUUCCUGCUCUGUUGGACUUACCUUGUUCCUCUUAUUAAGCUGCCUCGCUGUGUUAAUAUUUUGUUGUGCUAUCUUAUAUAUCAAUGUUACUAUUCCUAAUGAAUUAAGAGGAUUUUUGUUUUAUGCCCAAGUUAUCGGAUUAAUCUAUAGACCAUUUAGUGUUUCAGUGACAAGAUCAGGAGCUAUUGAUCCAGUUGCUGUUGUAGUUAAUGUGUUAGGGUUUAGUGUUCCUAUACCAUUCUGUAUAUCACAGUCAUUAGGAGCUGAGUAUGUGGCUCUCUUUGGGUACAUACCACCUCUCAUUAUGAUAGCUGCAUGCCUUGGAUUUGUGCUAGGAGCCCAUUUUGUUAAACGGUUUGCCCACCAUUCGGCUAUUAAGGGAAUCACUUGUCUAUCUUAUUUCAUUUACAAGUAUCUCGCUGACACCAGCUUUGUGUUUCUCAGUUGUGCCCAAACACCAAUCGGAUUUAGAUUCCAGUAUGAUGGAAGUGUUAGUUGCUUGUCUCCAUACUUUGGGACCUUCUUUUUUCUUUCUCUUCUCAUUGUCACGUUUUUUGUUGCUCCCUUGCCUUUUGGAGUCUGUUAUAUCUCCACUUACAGAGGACCACAAAUAUUCCGGCCGUUUGCCGAUGUGCUGACUGACGGAUUGAAGGAUAAUAGAAGGCUGUGGGGAGGCUGGGACGUUGGACGUCGACUCAUAUUCGUCUUCAUAUCAUUCUUUGUUGUAAUAGAAAGACCAUCACUGAUAGUAUUCAUUAUGUCAUUGGCAGCAUUAGUAGUACUUAUAGUGCACAUAAUAGUCAAACCUUUUGAAAAGGAGUACAUCAACGUGAUUGAGGCACUGAUAUUGUUGGACUUGGUACUGGUAACUGGAGCGUUUCUUUCUCCUGAUCCAAACUCUCCUGCCAUUACCAUUGGAUACAUAUUCAUGUUCUUACCAUACUUGUAUUGUAUUGGAUAUGUGAUCUAUAGAAUAGGAUUUUAUAUCAGAAUGAGAAUAAAAGUAAAUAAAAGCUCUAGUACUGCUGUUGAUCGCAGUGAAGGCUCACCUACUUCUGAUGAUAGUGCAGAAGAGAAGAAGUCACUGCAGAAUGCUUCUCCUCCUCCUCUUUCAUCAUCAUCAGGCUCAGCUACCAAAACACAAAGCACUGGUCUUACAGCAGGGACAGGAUCUUCCUCUUCUACUAAAAAUAACACAGCUGCUACUAGUUCUACUGCCCCUAGCGUUGGAGGUGAUAAUUCUAAGGAAACUGGAUAUGCAUUGCGCGAACCGUUAUUAGAUGAUGAUGAACAUUGUCAAUGGUCACAUUGAAAUAUUUUUAAAAAUAUUGUCUUUAUUUGUCUCUUUUUGUUUAAAGUUCUAUUUCAUACAAGUUUUUUUUUUCUGUCUUUAUUUCAUUAAUUUUUAACAUGAUAAUAAGACUUAUCUCUUUCAAAAAAUGUUUGUUAGUAUUAGUAAA